CCGGUCGGCAGGAGUGGAGAUUUUAAUUGAAAAAGUAUGAUAGUGCUGCUGAUUUUUUUAAUCGUUCAGGCUUCCGGACUCGAGGAUAAUAUCUGCAAAAAUCAGACCAUAUUGCAAACACCUGGCGAUGCAGUAUUAACGGUCUUCGUCGAUGCCACACUCGGCCCUCACUGCAAUGAAUCUUCGUCAAAGGGCUUCCAAGAAUUAACAACAGCACUUUAUGUAACAACGACAUUGAACAGAGAGGAUUACAUUCCCGGGAUGACCUUGGGGCUGCGACUUAUAGACGCAUGCCAAGACCCCCGGUCGGUCCUGAAGACCUGCCUGAUGCUGGCGGCAGAGCCUGACUGCACCUAUGACCAUUACAACCUCGGAGUUCUAGCCCCCGAGGUAUACAUCCCCGUUCUCCAGCCCCUCCAGGACAUGACUGAUCUUCCAUUCGCCUUCUACUUCAACGACAACAUCACAAAGCCAUUAGUGAACAUCGCCAUUGAUUUCAUUGCGAGGAAAUUCGAGACUAUUGAUCUUCUGUUAGCAGACACGGAUUUUGCUCAGGCCAUCGUCGUGGAGAGUACUAGAGAGGUGGGAAUUUGCGUGGAGAGUUUUAAUAAUUUAACGAAACUCGAUAACAUGGAUAAUGGGCUCAUUGUGGCUGCCGGUGAAGAGAGAUCCAUCAGGUCGUGGAUUGGAGGAUAUCAGGGGAUGGGGACGUGGGUUAUUCUACCACUGGAUGAUUCGGAGCCUGACGAUAUCAUCCCCCUCGGCUCUUACAUUAUCCGCUCCGAGUCUCUAUCCCUCGACCUUGAGGAUUACCUAACUCCAGAUAACGAUGACCAGCUAGUUCACUCCCCCCACCUCCUCACAAUCGGCAAAUCCCUGGUAUCGAUAGCUGAAUUGUUGUCAGACGUCCAGAGGAACAAUUGUCCCUCUGGCAUCUGUGCCCUGCCCCCCUUCGACACCAGACUGAUGAAAAAAAUCACCCCAGAUGACGUGUUCGAAGCACUCAACACUCCCAAGGACACCAGAACUAUAAAAUACGUAAUUUCCCAGAGAGUAUCUGCAGAAGAGGAUUUGGCUGAUGUUCUCUCGUAUGAAGUCGACGUGGAGACGUUCAAGCUGAAUUCUAAUGUAUCACAGACACACGUGACCCCUUGCUGGAGUAAAAACACUUGUGAAAGUUGUCUCAACUUCAAGAACAAUCCGACAACAACUGUAGUUGCUCCGGCAGUUGUGCUCGUCGAUGAAAAAAUUGGAGUAAGAGGCGACUACUGGGUGCCAGUAGUUAUGGUCCUCGUUGUGUUCGGCACUGCUGUGUCUCUGGCUGUGGGGGUUUACAUUAUUUAUAAAUUCUCUUUGAAGGAUCCACUGGACGGCAAUCCCACGCUAACGAUGCUCCUCAUUCUGGGGAAUAUCUUCCUGCUCUUCUCCACGAGCCCUUUUUGCCUGGAGGAGGAAGUCCUUGGUCGUGAGGAGUUGAACGCCAAGAGAAUAUUCGUUGCUACACUGUCAACGGGAUUUGUAUUUUCAGUAAUGCUCUCCAGAGCCUUUUUCCUGGCCUUCUCCACUGGUGGGGUAUACACCAGCCAUAUUAAUGGAUAUCUGCAGGGACUCAUGCUGCUUUUUGUUUUUGGAGUGCAAAUCGGAUUGUCCACGAUGUAUUUUAUUGUGGCUCCAGGGAAUUCGGAGGAGACUUUGAGGAGUUCGGGUUUCAUUGGAUUAUUGACCUACGAUAUACUCCUCCUUCUGAUGCUCUUCGGUGUUUGCUUACUCAUCCACAAAAUACCCCGAAACUACCGAGAGGGAAAAUGCCUCCUCUUCACGGCGGUAGGUUUACUGUGGAGCUGGUUACUGUGGAUUUUAAUCUUCAUCUGCGUUAAUCGAGAUUGGCGAGACAUUGUCGUGACCUUCGGGCUCGUAUUCACGGCCUAUGGAAUAAUAGCUGGCGUCCUUCUACCCCGAGUCUACCUCAUGAUAACCUACGUAAAACCUGACAAGACAUUUCAGGGUCACAUUGAGGGAGCCAACUUACGCUUUGAGCCCCGAAGACGCACCAUACGCCAGCCACGAAAAUCAUUUUACGAUUACGUUUUGCCGAUGGAGGGGAUAAGAAAUCCGGCAGGACAUCAUCCAGCCGGUAAUCCCAAUUUCUAUGGAAGUUCGAGUCCCGGAAACCGCGGUGGAGAUCCUGACGGGGGUCUUUCUACUGGUGUGAGCAGCAAAGUGAGCGGAUACAAUAAUUUUGGGUAUCGUAAUGAGGUACAGGAGGGGGAGAAUCAUUAUGUCGUGCCGAGAGUCUGCGUGGUACAGACUAAUGAUGGGAAAAAAAAUCGCGGAAGUAUAAAAAGUACAACAAGUAGUGAUUCCGACUACGCACAGCCAAACUACCCUGGCAUGAGGGAGAACUCCCUCGAAGACGACUGUCUGGAGGCAGAACUGUACCUCGACAGUAAGAGGCUCUCGCCGAAGCGAGGCCCCAACGAGUCCUAUCCCUCGAGAUGUUCAACCCCUCGACUGUACCAGACUGAAGCGACCAUCGACGAGGAGGACGAGGAGACCGAGGAGUCCUCCAAAGUCACACGAUUCUAGUUGCCAGACAAUACUCAUUGUAAUUAAUAAAUUAACUGAUGUAUCACAUUGUAAAUAAGAGUGAUUGAUAUUCAAGGAGAAAUGAAAUCAUUGGAACAG